AUGGGAACGCUAGCAAGAUGCCUCGUAGAUCCUCCUUUGGGGCUCACCGGAACCCGCGGGCUCCGAACCCGUAUUGGAGCUCAAGGACUGCUUAGCGCUUUCAUCAAGCGGGACAUAGUGCCAAGGGUGGGCCUAGUGCCACCAAGCCAAGAGGCCAAGCCAACAUUCCAUGGACUCAGAAGCAGUCUUGCAGGGCUCGCGUUGCGGAACUCCGCGACCCGAGGGACGGAGGCUAUGGUCGGUGUCCGCGGGCUCCGAGCAUAUUUCAAUAUGACAGAAGAGCUUUCUGGAAAUGAUAUCUCCGUAGAACGAGCGGUUCAGACUGCAGAAUAUCCAAUCGUCCUCCUAGGCAAAAGCGCUCGCGAGUCUUGA